AUAUAUAUUUUUUCUACUGUAACCAGUCUUUGUUAUUAAAAGGCAGCAGGCACCACACCAGAUCUCCCAUGCACCAAAAUUUACUUAGAAAGAGAGAUCCUUUGGUUUCUUAAAGAGGUCAGCGUAUAUAUCCAAGAGAUCGUGUUGGAGAGAGAUAAGGAAGACUGAAAGAGAGAGAGAGAGAGAGAUGGGGAGAGCUCCUUGCUGCGACAAGGCAAACGUGAAGAAAGGGCCAUGGUCCACUGAAGAAGACUCAAAGCUCAGGGAGUACAUAGAGAAAUAUGGAACUGGUGGGAAUUGGAUUGCUCUCCCACAGAAAGCUGGUAACCAUAUAUAUAGAAUCACAAACACAGAUCUAUACGCCUCUUUCUCUCUUUCUUGUAGUUUCUUAUUAGUUAAUUUUGUUGUCUUUAAAUUAGGUCUGAAAAGAUGUGGGAAGAGCUGCAGACUGAGAUGGUUAAACUAUCUCAGGCCCAACAUUAAACAUGGUGAAUUCACUGAUGAGGAAGAUAGGAUUAUCUGCAGCCUGUUUGCCACCAUUGGAAGCAGAUGGUCAAUAAUAGCUGCUCAGUUACCAGGAAGGACAGACAACGAUAUCAAAAACUACUGGAACACAAAGCUUAAGAAGAAACUCAUGGCCAUGAGCAUGACUUCUCAACCCCAUAGAAAACCACCACCAUUCCCAUCUUCUCAUCACACUCCAUCUGUUUCAUUUCCAUCUUUAUCAUCUCUGUACAAACACUGCACUACUUAUCAGGAUCCAACCAGAUCUUUCACAGCCUUUGAACCAGUGGCAUCGGUUCAAGCUGAUCUAUUGAACAAUGGCAACACUACCUUGCCAACCAAUUCUUCUCUAAUUCACACCCCGGAGGCUUUGGUGAAUUACAUGCAGUAUUAUCCGGUGAAAGAAAAUUUUCUCAUGUUUGGGAGCGAAUCAAGCUGCACCUCGUCUGAUGGUAGCUCCGGCCACAUCAGCUUUGGCAGAGAGAUGAAGCAAGAAAACAUGAGUCAUUUUCAGGGUUUUUGUGCCACUAAUGGUUAUGAAGACAAUCACAACUUCAUGCUGAAUCCUGGCACCAAUAAUGGAGGUAAAAAUGUUAACCAAUGGGCUGAGAAGCCAAGGGAGUACAAUUUAGAAAAUGAUCUUGAAGAUUUCAAGAGACUGAUUAGCUCUAGCAGUAAUAAUUGCUGCAACAACAACUUCAUUGAUGAAAACAAGACACAAGAGAAAGUCAUGUACUUCUACUACUGAAUGGACUGACUGCAGGUGUAAAAUCAGAAAGAUUUUGAUGGGGUAAGGGGCAAAGCUGAGGGAGAUGGAUUGACAGUGUAGAGAUUCAGAUUUAAGACUUUCAGUUUCUGGGGUUUUGUGUUCUGAUGAAAUGAAACAUUUCUACUUUUGACAGUACAUGGUAAAGCACUAAGCUUUUUAUUUUGUGCAAUUUUCUUUUAGACAAGCGAUGAUGAUGAUGUUAAUGUUGUACGGUCAGUGGAACCCCCAAUUGAAAAUCAAUGUUUAUGAAAGCUAGAAAAGUAAGCAUCAUCGUUGAAGCACACAAAAUCUCUGAUAUCAAGAUAAACCCAAGCAUGCACUGUUUUGUGUUUCCUGCUUUU